AUGUCGAUUCCUGCAGACAUCUCGAGUGUGGCGAGUGAUGACAUCAAUGAUGUGUUUGACUCCAUAGCUCUCAGCGAAGAACGAUUGUCUGAGCAGGGCUACCAGGAGGGUUUGCAGAAGGGUUGCACCCAAGAGCUUGGUUACUACACGGGCGUGCUGAAAGCAGUGCAGUCAGCUGCAGCGAGCGGCAGCAGCAUACUCACCGAAAAGAUCGCUUUAGACAUUGCGAAGUUACUACAGUUGCUGGAAAGUUUCCCUCGCACCAACGCCAGGGAAGAAGACAUCUUAGCACUCCGCGACAACAUCAAGGCAAAAUUUAAAAAAAUCUGCUCCGUGUUGAAAAUCAACAGUUUGUUUACCGAGUAUCCCAGUGUUUCAUUUUGA